GGUAUCAACCCAGAGCACAAAGCUAUAGACAAUGGAAACGAUUAAUGUUUGUGUUAUUAUUGGAUUUGUUUUAGGGGUUUAUAUGUUUGUGAGGAAACUCAAUGAAAUAUGGUAUUUGGUUAAGUUGGGAAGAAAGGCUUACAAAUCUCUUCCUCCUGGUGACAUGGGAUGGCCUCUUCUUGGCUCCUCCUUCUCCUUUUACAAAGCAUUUUCGGUCGGAGGUGAUUCCGACUCUUUUAUUUAUCACCUUCUUACCAGGAAUGGAAGAGUCGGGAUGUAUAAAAGUCACCUCUAUGGAAAGCCAACAAUCAUCGUAACAGAUCCAGAGAUAUGUCGACGCAUCUACUUAGAUGAUGAAAUCUUUAAGCCAAAUUAUCCAAACUCGGUAAAGAUAUUAGAAGUAAAUGGCCUUUUCUCAAGGAUGGAUCACAAAUGUGCAUAUAGAAUCAUGGCAGCUCCCAUGAAUGGCUAUGAGGUAUUGUCUCAUUAUGUGGACUUCAUUGAUCAAAUAAUGGCAGAAGGCUUGGAGAAAUGGAGCACCAAGAAAGAGCCCAUUGAGCUGUUGGGUGAGAUUGGAAGGCUCUUUUUUAAAGUAAUUUCACGUAUUUUCUUGGGGACUGACAUUGGUGCCUCUCGCAUGGCUGAGCUUGAGACAUUAUAUAAAGAUUUGGGUCCUGCAAUCUUGUCAAUUCUUCCCUAUGACUUGCCUGGAUUCACUUUUCAUCGCGCACUUAAGGCAAGAAAAAAGAUAGAAAAUAUUCUACAAUGUGUGAUAGAGGAGAAACGAAAAGCCCUAGAAAAGGAAGAAAGAGAAGUGGAGAGCCAAAUGGACAAAUUGAUUAUGGCAAGGGAUGAGAAUGGGAUGAAAUUAUAUGAUAACAAUGCCAUUAUAGACUUGCUUCUUGGUCUGCUACAUGCUGGCCAUCAUACCCCAUCCUAUGCUGCUAUGUGGGCUCUUGUGCACAUCUCUCAGAAACCUCAUAUCUUCCAUAAGGCCAAGGAAGAGCAAGAGUCGAUUCUACAACAAAGACUAUCUACUCAAAAGGGAUUAAAUUUUCAAGAAAUCAAGCAAAUGAAAUAUCUUAUAAAGUUAAUUAACGAGGUAUUGAGAAGAAAUACCAUCGCUGUUGCAAGUUUCCGCAAAGCAAAAAAAGAUGUAAACAUCAAUGACUACACCAUACCAAAGGGAUGGAACAAUUAUUCACCAAAGCCAGGAACAUUCAUCCCUUUUGGAAUCGGAACUAGGUUUUGUCCUGGAAGUGAACUUACCAAGCUUGAGAUUACAAUUUUACUUCAUCACUUUAUCCUCAAUUACAAAAUGGAACGUGUCAAUCCAAAAUGCUGCAUCACUCACUUGCCUGCCCCCAAGCUCGUAGACAAUUGCCUUUGCACAAUUACCAAGCUCCCAUGAUUAGAGAUGGUUGUAGUUUGGAAAUAACAAAAAGUGAUUCCCAAUGAA